GCUUAUCACAGGGAUGGGUGUUAACAGCAAGAAGCGGAGCCAUCGUGUUCUGCUUGUUCUAGACAGCCCUAGCAAAAGCCAAAAAGACAUGUCACCAGUAAGUUCUCCUCAAUGUCGUUCUACUCAAUGUCGUUCUCCUCAAUGUCCUUUCUACCUUCGGACACCAUUCUCACGUUCUCACAGCCCCUGACACCAUUAUCCAGAGACGAACAUGCAUUUCAGAUCGUCGAAAAGGGGUUCAAGAAGAAGUGGUUACAUACGAGCAAAUACGCGCAGAUCCAUGCGAUAUAUGGCAUCACCGAGGGCGACUUGGCCAGGUCCUAUCGCGGGAAGCGGUUCGCCCGCAGUAUGAACGGUGGUGUGUACCGGCACCUGUUCCACGGGACGCGGCGGGCAUGUCGGAUUGGCGACCCAGGCACCGGAUUGUUGACGCCGUGCCACCGCGAGAGCUGCAGCCUGUGUGGCAUCUUGCGGAAGUCUUUCACGAUCACCGGAGCGAGACCCGGGAGCAUGUUUGGUCCCGGAAUAUACACGACCGAGGUUUCCUCGAAGGCGGAUAUCUACGUGAGAAACCACCACGUCCGCUCGAACAUGCACGCUAUGCUGCUCUGCCGCGUUGCCUACAACCGGCCCCAGCUUGUGUCGGUGGCAGACCAUUCGAGGAUUUGUCCGGACGCUGGCUACGACUGUGUCGAGGCCGUCAGGCUGGUCGAUGGCGGGAGCGUCGAUUACCCAGAGACUGUCGUGUACCGAGACGACGCCAUUGUCCCAGUGGCACUUAUCAUGUACACGCGGCAGGGAUGGGAGCCCUAA